AUGUUCAGCAGCCUCACGGCAAAAGUAGAGGAUCUCACCAACAAAAAUGCACUUCUUAGUACUCGUAUCGACAACCUCGAGGAUACCAGUAAAUCACAGGCGGCUGAGAUCACCCGUCUUGUGACAUCAAAUAUCGAGAUAAAAUUGUGCAACACAAAUCUGACGGACAGGCUGGCGUCUCUGGAGCGAAACUCUUUAAACAGCGACUUAAUUAUCUCUGCAGUUCCCGAGCUAGAAGGCGAGGAUCUCAUGGCUACAUUUGGCGCCCUUACAACCCAACUCUCUGUUGACGUGCCGCCUACCGAUGUUCUGGAGAUUGGGCGCAUCAAAAGCACAUUGGAUUCCAACAAGCCCCGAUUGAUUCUAUGCAAACUCAGAUCCGUCCAAUGUCGAAAUCGCCUACUUGCCGCCAAAAGAGCUAAAGGCCCCAUUUAUGCAAAUCAGCUUGGCUUGCCGCACGAUCAGCUCCGGACUCCUAUAUUCAUCAACGAGCAUCUGCCCCCUACUCUUUCCAAAUUUCUUGGAAAGGUGAGAGCCUAUGCCAAGGAGAGAGGCUAUCGCUUCAUCUGGACCCGAAAUGGACUGGUAUACGUCAAGCGGGAUGCGUCCUCUGAUCACAUCCUGAUAAAAUCUGAGGCCGAUCUUCAACUACUCUCGCAUCGUACUUGA